CCGGGCGGCGCAGAGGCUUCCGGGAAACCGGAAGUGAACAGAGUACCCAGUCCCACCUCCUCCUCCUCUUCCAAAGCUUUUCCCUCCGGGGCUCCUUAACCUGCUGUGGAACUUCCUCCGCCCCGCGCCUAUAACCUCGAGACAAGGCUGGGAAAAGAUGGAAGAGCUUCACCUUAUGGACUCACUGGGGCUACUUUGCUGCCUCUACAGGGAGCCUGGAGUCUCAGGGAUGGCCUUUGAGAAGGACAGAAUCCCAGCCCAGGAGGCGGUGACAUUCAAGGAAGUGGCUGUCGACUUCACUUGGGAGGAAUGGCGCCUCCUGUCCCCUCCCCAGAAGGAGCUAUACAAGGAGGUGAUGCUGGAGAAUGCCCGGAACCUGCUCUCUGUGGGGCUUCCAGCUUCCCGAGAAGACAUGCACUCUUAUUUGGAGCAGAGGGAAGCCCCGUGGAUGCUGGAGCAAGAAUGCCUGAGAAGCUGCUGCUCAGAAGGAGAGAUCAGAUCUACAAUAAAGGCCAGCCCUACAGAGGUGAGCCUGCCUGUGGAAAAAAUGAAUCUACAAAGAUUCAUGAGACAUGGUUCCGAUAACUUUGCUUCCAGAGAAUUCCGUUUUGCAUCUCAAAAUUCAUCCUGUAUUGAACAUCAAAGAAUGCACACUAUGGAAAAAUCUAGUGAAAGUAAUCAGUGCAGAAAGACUUUUUCACACAUGGUCAGCCUUGCUCAAAAUGAGAGAGUGCACACUGGUAAGCAACCUUAUGAAUUCAAGCAGUGUGGAAAGACAUUUAAUCUGACCUCCAAUCUUGCUGUAAAUCAAAGAACCCACACUGGGAAGAAAUGUUAUGAAUGUAAGCAAUGUGGCAAGACAUUCAGUCAGAGCUCACAUCUUUCUCGACAUCAGAGAAUUCACACUGGGGAGAAACCUUAUGAAUGCAAGCAGUGUGGAAAGACAUUUGGUCAAAGGUCCAAUCUUGUUAAACAUCAGAGAAUCCACACUGGGGAGAAACCUUAUGAAUGCAAGCAAUGUGGAAAGACAUUCAGUCAGAGGUUCCAUCUUUCUCGACAUCAGAGAAUCCACACUGGGGAGAAACCUUAUGAAUGCAAGCAGUGUGGAAAGACAUUCAGUCUGACUUCUGAUCUCACUGUCCAUCAGAGAACUCACUCUGGGCGAAAACCUUACGAAUGCAAGCAAUGUGGAAAGACAUUCAAUCUGAACUCUGAUCUUGCUGUACAUCAGAGAAUCCACACUGGGGAGAAACCUUAUGAAUGCAAGCAAUGUGGAAAGACAUUCGGUUGGAGUGGUAAUCUUGCUAGACAUCAGAGAACCCACACUGGAAAGAAACCAUAUGAAUGCAAGCAAUGUGGUAAGACAUUCAGUCUGAGCUCUGAUGUUGCUGUACAUCAGAGAAGGCACACUGGGGAAAAACCAUAUGAAUGCAAACAAUGUGGAAAAGCAUUCUGUCACAUUUCUGAUCUUAAUGUACAUCAGAGAACGCACACUGGGGAGAAACCUUAUGAAUGCAAACAAUGUGGAAAGACAUUCAGUCACAGCUCCCAUUUUUCUCGACAUCAGAGAAACCACACUGGUGAUAACCCUUGUCAAUGCAAGCAUUGUGGAAUGAUAUUCAGUAUGAGCUCUGAUCUUACUGUACAUCAGAGAAGGCACACUGGGGAGAAACCUUAUGAAUGUAAGCAAUGUGGAAAGACAUUCAGUCACAGCUCCAGUCUCACUGUACAUCAUAGAAUCCACUCUGGGGAGAAACCUUAUGAAUGUAAGCAAUGUGGAAAGACAUUCACUCUAAGCUCCAAUCUUGCUAAACAUCAGAGAAGGCACACUGGGGAGAAACCUUAUGAAUGCAAGCAAUGUGGAAAGACGUUUGGUUGGAGUGGUAAUCUUGCUCAACAUCAGAGAAUCCACACUGGGGAGAAACCUUAUAAAUGCAAGCAAUGUGGAAAGUCUUUUGGUUGGAGUCGUAAUCUUGCUAGACAUCAGAGAACCCACACUGAGGAGAAACCUUAUAAAUGGAAGCAAUUUGGAAAGAUAUUCAGUCUGGUCUUUGAUCUUGCUGCAAAUCGGAGAACCCAUACUGUCAAGAAACCUUAAAAAUGCAAACAUUGUGGAAAGACAUUUAGUCACAACUUCGAUCUUGCUGUACAUCAGAUCAUGUUGAUGUGAAACCUUAUGUUCACAUUGCGGCUCCAGUCUUGCUAUUGUGUGAAGGAAAUUUACCCUACCCUGUUUCUGAAGUCUGAAUUUGACUUAGAGGAGAGGAUAACAUGAUGGAAAACAUUGAGGGAGCAUAGAAUGUCAGCAGGAAAAAGUCAGCAACUGUAGAGAGUUCACAAUCUGGAAGCAGGUGAUGUCUCCUCAAUUCCCCCCUGGGCAGAUAUUAAUGCCUGGAAAAAUAGUUGGUUCACUGGAGGUCCAAGGAAAUAUCUUAAUCUGGGCAGCCAGGGUUUCCUGGGCAAAUUCACCAGUGGUGUCUUUCUUUACAAAGACUGUGGGGUUGUAGCCCCUGGUAUAGGUUCCUCUGCCAUAGCUCAGGUCUCAGAAAUCUGGUGACUUGCUCUGAGGAGAAAGACUGAAAGGAGAGAGGAGUCUUUUGGGAGUUGAUCAGCUCUAUCAGCAAUUAUUUUUAGUCUGCUAGUUUGUAGAACAUGAGUUAAACCAACUUUUCCAUAUUGUUCACUAAUUUUUUCUGAUUUGAUUACAUCUUCUUUAGAGACUGAAUUUCAAAGUCUUUUUUGUCUAUUCCUACACUGUUCCAUCCAUGGUUCAUCAGUCUAAGUUUCAGUUCUUGGAGAUGGUGCUAGAGAGCCACCUCUAGGAAACUUGUUUUGGGCAUGGAAUCUUUGAGUGAGAGAUAGGUCCGACAUUUUGAUUUGUAAAGAUUUUUAAAUUCAAACAAUGGAGACAAGAUAAAAGUUGGUCCUAUAGUCAUCUUUGGUGGACAGAGCUGCUUCUAAUUGCUUAUAAAAUGUUAGUAUUUUUUAAACUUAAUAAGGUAUAAUCAGGACAGUUUAGGAGUAGUGUAGUGUAUCUGUGCAUCUGAUUACUACAUAAAUCACACAUUGGUUUCAUGGUUUUCAGUGCUUCAGUGUUUUCUAAGCCUUGAUCUUUUUCUUCCUCAUUGUUUUCUUGCUUUGAUUUAUUGGUUUCAGUUUUUAAACUGUUACAAGGGAAUCACUUUAAAAGACUGAUAUAUAUUAAUUUAAGGUCGCCAAGGAAUUCAGCUAUGUAAUUCCUAAAUGAAAACUCAAGUCAGCAGUAAAUCUUUUAUGGAGUUUAAUUACAAUAGGAGUAAGAAAGGAAUUAGAGAUAGAGAGAGAGAAAAAGGGAGAGAAGGGAAUAGGGCUUAAAUACCCCUUCUGUUUAGGCUGGGCCAAAAGGCCCAAGCCCUUAGAUAGUUGGGGCAAAGAAAAAAGAUCAGUCCCUAUUACUCACGUGACCAAAAUGGAGAAACAUUCUCAGAGGCCCCCACCUUCAGCUUCCUUCAGAGCAAGCUUCUCAGAGCCCACACGAACCACACCGACCAACUUCUCAACCACACCCCGUCUCUAGACCCCCCUGAUCUUUAAGGAAACCAUCCAAGUUGCCUCCCCUCAGUUCUCACAUCUACCAAUCACUGUCCAUCAAUUUCCCUGUGCCAAUGGAGGCUCUAGCUUAACCCAGGACCGCCCAGAGGCUUUGCACAUGUCUGUUGAAGGUCAUACUUUCAAAUGAUUAAAUCUUUGCUCCUUUGCUACAGCCCUUUCUAAAUCCUGUUAACCUGAGUAGGGUAGAGAUUGGAAUAAUUAAAUUUUGAUCUAGGCUGCAGCCCUUCAAUCCUGUUAGGACUGAAUAGGGUGGAGAUUGAUUCCAAGUAUCUCCAUUGUAUCAAUUCUAAAAUCAAUCAUAACUCAAAGAAAUUCCUGUUCUAUGCUUAAGCAUAGGUCAGAGUCCUUUCCAUUGUUCAGCAAAAGGUUUCUGUCCUAAAGUAAUCUUAAGAAGGGAAGAGAAGGAACCUCCCAUGCCAAUGGGGUUCCCAUUCCAAUAGACUAUCAGUAAGAAAUUUUCCAAGUAUGAAAUAUCUCAAUGGUGAAAUUUCCAACAUUUAUAAGUCUAAGGAAUUUUGAGGUUUACAAAACCUGUUUCCAUUUGCAAUAGGUGUUGGUUUCCUGUGGUGUUCUGUAAAGUUUCAAUGACCUUGUGCUACUAUUCUUAUAAGUAUUAUCAAAGAGUGAUGCUGUGUUUGUUGAUGUGAUUGUAUUUGCAUAAUCUCUUAUGAUUAGUUUUACAUCUGUUGCUAAGUUAUUUGCAAGCAUUGUAUUUUGUUUUUGUUUACAAGUUCUCUUUAUUGGGUACUAUUGCAAGUGACUGCUUCUCUAACUUACUAAUACAGAGCCUGUGUCUGACUUAGCUCCUUUUAGUUCUGAGCUGGAUCCAGUGUGAUAGGUUUGCAAGGAAAAACUGAUCUUGUCUUUCAUCCCCAUCAGACAUGUCCUCAAGAUUUUUAAGGAAGCUUCUGGUUCAUGGGUGGACAUACAGCUGUGUUGAAAGUUUGUAGCUGUGUUUCCCAAUUCCCAGUUCUUCCUAUCUCCUGUUUCAUUCUGUUGGUUCUUAGGAUCUUUCAUGUUUGUUGAGCAUUCAGGGCCUACUAUUUCUAAGUGCUGCAUUGCAAGCUAGAGAUUGUGUGCUUGAUGUUUUUGGAAAUGCUACUCUGUAUUAUCCCCUGAUAUUGCUCUUGGAUGGAACUCUUACUUUUGGGUUGUAUUAAUUAGAGUGUGUGCCCCAGACUACAUUUCCCACAAUUUCCUUUUCCCUUUCUGGAAUUUUUGUCAUGACAUUGAUUGAAAUUUAGUUUUGGUUUUGGGCUCACUCUUUCCCUCUGGCUGGACCCAUGUGGAGGAGGGGAGCAGCUUGCUUGGUUUCUUUAGCUUUUUGCUUUGCUCUUUGCUUCAAGUUGAAUUUUAACAAAUACUAUAAAAUUUUACACUUGGGAGUAUUGGAUAUCAAUUUUAAUCUUUACAGUUGGUGACUCUAAGAAGGUAUUAGAACUCAGAGCCUUUUAUUAAAGCCAGCAGAUUCCUUCCCCACUACCUCAGCAGCAGCUUCCAGCAGCUGUUGGCAACUGGCAUUUAAGCCCCACAGUUUGCCUAAACCCUGAGGAUUAAAACUGCUACUGGUUUGCAGCCAAAGCUGGUCCUGCUGGCAUCCCAACCCCCAGAUAAGCGGCCAGGCUGCAGGCUCGACCCUCCCCUACUGUUUCAAGCCUCUGCUAACUUAUACAGCCAAACGACUCUUGGCCUGGCCCCAGCUGAAGCUGCUGCUGCCCCAUUGGUCAUUCAGACUCCUACCACCUCUGCCUGUGAUUUGCCUACGCCAUGGGGGCUGCUGUUGCUCCUGCCAGUUCUACUCUUGUGUUUUACUGCUUUUCUGUUGCCAUGCCUACCUCAGUGCCAGCUGGUGAGUAUAAGCCUCCCUCCCCCAGCCCCAGCCAGUGUGAAAGGGAAGCCCCUUUCCCCACUGGGCAGCUGGUUAUCUUAACCUCUACCAGGCUCUGCUUUGGCAGGGAGGGUCCUGGUCCUCUUUCCGCCCCCCCCCCCCCCCUGCUUUACCCCAACCUGCCUUACUUCCAUCUUUCUCAUACCCCACCUGGUUUUGUAGUCAUAUCUUCCAUGUUGGUUUCUGGCAGAAACUAACCACACCCCUUACUCUGAAAACUACCCUUAACUACACCCCCAGCUCCUCCCUGUUGUAGUGUUGCCUCUUGGCCACUAGAGGUCAAUAUUGAGCACCAAAAUUUUUGUUUUUUCCUUUUCUCAUUUGUUUUCUUUCUCUCCCCCCCCCCCCCCCCCUUUCCUGCUUAGCUGCAGUGGCUGUUUGCUGCCAUCAGAGAGCAGCAACAAAUAAAUAUAUAAAACCUUUUUCUUUUUAAGAAUGAAAAUUCAACAAAAUCAUAAAAGAUAAAAUAAAAUAAGCUAAAUACCCCUCCCCUUACCUUAUUCUCACCGCUAAUAAUAAUUAAAAAGUAAUCAAGUAGAGUUUCUAGUACAAUGUUAAACAAUAGAGAUGAUAAUGGGCAUCAUUGUUUCACUCCUGAUCUUAUUGGGAAGGCUUCUAAUGUAUUCCUAUUGCAGAUGAUUGCUGAUGGUUUUAGAUAUAUACUCUUUAUCAUUUUUAGGAAAGACUCUUCUAUUCCUAUACGUUCUAGUGUUUUCAAUAAGAAUGAGUGUUGUAUUUUGUCAAAGGCUUUUUCUGCAUCUGUUGAGAUAAUCAUGUGAUUUCGGUUGGUUUGCUUGUUUAUGGUCAAUUAUGUGGAUGGUUUUCCUAAUAUUGAACCAUACUUGCAUGCCUAGUAUAAAUCCCACCUGGUCAUAAUGAAUAACCCUCGUGAUCACUCUCUGAAAUCUUUUUGCUAGUAUUCUAUUUAAGAUUUUUUGCAUUUAUGUUCAUUAAGGAGAUUGGUCUAUAGUUUUCUUUCUCUGUUUUUGACCUUCCUGGCUUUGGAAUCUAUACCAUAUUUGUGUCAUAAACGGAAUUUGGUAGAACUCCUCUGUUUAUUUUGUCAAAUAGUUUGUAUUGUAUUGGGAUUAGUUUUUCUUUGAAUGUUUGAUAGAAUUAAUUUGUGAAUCCAUCUGGUCCUGGGGAUUUUUUUCUUUAGGAGUUCUUUGAUGGCUUGUUCAAUUUAUUUUUCUGAUACAGGAUUAUUUACGAAUUUUAUUUCUUCUUCUGUUAGUCUAGACAAUUUAUAUAUUUGUAUAUCUUCAUCCAUAUCACGUAGAUUGCCAUAUAAUUGGGCAAAAUAGUUUUUAAUGAUUGGCUUAAUUUCAUUAGAGGUAGGGUCUCCCUUUUCAUGUUUGAUACUGUUGAUUUGGUUUUCUUCUUUCCUUUUUUAAAUUAGAUUGACCAGUACUUUAUUUUAUUUAUUUUUUCAAAGUACUAGCUUCUAGUCUUAUUUGUUAAAUCAAUAGGUCUUUGACCUUCAAUUUGAUUAAUUUCUCUUAGGAUUUUUAGGAUCUCUAAUUUAGUUUUCAUCUGGGGAUUUUUAAUUUGUUCACUUUCUAGUUUUUUAAUUUGCAUGCCCAAUUCAUUGACCUCUGCCCUCCUUAAUUUGUUAAUAUAUGAACUCAAGGAUAUAAAUUUCCUCCUGAAUACUGUAGCUUUGGUUGCAUCCCAUAGAUUUUGAAAGGAUGCCUCAUCAUUGUCAUUUUCUUCAAUGAAAUUAUUGUUUCUAUGAUUUGUUCUUUUACCAAUUUUGGAAAAUCGUAUUAUUUAAUUUCCAAUUAAUUUUUGAUUUGCCUCUCUGUGUACCCUUACUAAUUAUUAUUUUAAUUGCAUUGUGAUCUGAGAAGUUUGCAUUUAUUAUUUCUUCUCUUUUGCACUUGUUUGCUAUGUUUAUGCCCUAGUACAUGGCCAAUCUUUGUGAAGGUACCAUGUACUGCUGAAAAGAAGGUGUAUUACUUUUUGUCCCUAUUUAUUUUUCUCCACAUACCUACUAACUCUAAUUUUUCUAAGAUUUCAUUCCCUUUUCUUAUCUCUUAUUUAUUUUUUGGUUUGAUUUAUCUAGUUGUUAUAGAGGAAGGUUCAGGUCUCCCACUAGCAUAGUACUUAUAUCUAUUCCUUCCUUGAGCUCCACUACUUUCUCCUUUAGAAAUUUGGAUGAUAUGCCAUUUGGUGCAUUCAUGUUGGGUACUGACAUUUCCUCAUUGUCUGUACUGCCUUUUAUCAGGAUGUAAUUACCUUCCCUAUUUGUUUUGACUAGAUCUAUUUUUACUUUGGCUUUGUCAGAUAUCAUGAUUGCAACUCCUGCCUUUUUUUCUCAAUUGAUGCCCAAUAGAUUUGGUUUCAUCCACUUACUUUUACCCUGUGUGUCUACCUUCCUCACGUGUGUUUCUUGUAGACAGCAUAUGGUAGGAUUUUGGUUCCUAGUCCACUCUGCUAUUUGUUUGUGUUUUAUGGGUGAGUUCAUUUCAUUCACAUUCAGAGUCCAUUUUAUUUUUAAGCGGCACUCUAGCACAGAUAAAUGUGGAGGUUGGGAAUGCAAUAGUAUGUUUGCACUGUACCUUGUCUCCCAUGUACUUACUACUACUCAAUGGACCUUUACCUCUUCUUACACACAUCAAAAGUGGGCUUAUGAUCAUUCAGAGGUAGUGGUUCUCCUAGAUAUUUGAAAUUUACCACUGAAGACCCAUUAAAAUCAAUUGAAAUUUUUAGCUCAUCAAAUUUUUCAAAAAUCACUGACAUAUAUAACCCUUUUGAUGGGGUCCACUCAUCAUCAUUAACGUGACAGUUAAGAAAAGCAAAAGGAGCAAAAGGCUGUUUAGACAACAUGUGACCACCUAGUGUUGCAAACUCUGGUAAUGUCUCAUUACUGUGGAUUGGAAUUAUGGCUUAUGACCAAACAGAGCUCUGAUGGAUCUGGUGACACAUCUGGCACCUGUGAGGACCAAUGGCAUUUCCCCAGAAAAGAGUUUCCAACUUGUCUUUGGACUUUUAUAAUGGUAUUAUCACCAGUCCAGUCAUAGGGGAAGGGUACAAAUAAAGACAACAUAACAGAACAUAUAGUUGUUAGCCAAAACAUAGUAAUUGAAGGUGACAUAGUAAAAUGGAAUAUGAUAGAUUAAAUUAAUAUGUGAAUUCAAAAACAAAAUUAAACUUUAAAACAAUUGGUAAAUACAACAAAUGUGACAGGAUACAAUCAUUCAACAUCAAUAGAAGGUACCCAUUUUAUAUGGGAGCAAUGAAGCCAGGAAUCCUUUUUUCCAAUUUUAAUAGCUGUAGGAGUGGAUAACAGUACUUGAAAUGGACUUUCCCAGACAGGCUGAGUUGCUCCAACACACUGGAAGUUCUUUAUGUACACUUUGUUUCCUGGGUGUAGGUCAUGGAGUGAGAAGUCUAGAGGUCCUGCUUGUACUGCAGCUCCAUAUUUGUGGAAUUUUUGCAAUCCAACCUAUAAAUCCUUUAUAUAAGAAGCAAUAGCCUAGUAAUGAUGUGUAUGCAGGAGAAAAAUGAUUAGCCUGCACUGGGGGGAGGGGGGGUUGUCCAAAAAAAAUCUCAAACGGUGAGAUAUGUAAAUCUCUCCUAGGUCUGCUAUGAAGAUAAAACAAAGCUAUGGGGAGGACUUUAGGCCAUUUUAAGUGAGUCUCAGUGCACAAUUUUCCAAUCAUGGUCUUGAGGUCUCUAUUCAUUCUUUCAAUUUGGCCUGAGUUCUGGGACUAUAUGGUACAUAGAAUUGGGGAGUGAUCCCCAGACAAGAAUAAAUCUGGGACAAAACAGAAUCAAUAUAAUGGGUUCCCUUGUCUGAAUCAAUUCAUGCUGGUGGGCCAAAGCAAGGGAUAAUUUCUUUUAAAAGCACUUUAGGAACAAAAACUGCUAUGGAUUGGGCACUAGGAAAAGCCUUCGGCCAUCUGGUUAGCUGGUCCACUAUGACCAGGCAAACUUUGUAAUGUCCAGCUUUAGGCCUAGUAAUAAAGCCAUUUUGUAGAUGCUCAAAAAGUAUGUAAGCCAAAGGACACCCACCAAAAGCCUUGCCUCAAAAAGUGUGUUGGUUAUAUGCCUGGCAAGUGGAACAGGUUCUCAUAGCUUUUUGCAAUGCAUUUCUAGCCUGGCAUAGUUGUAAGUAAUCUUGCUCUGAAUUUGGGUUCCAUUUAGGAUCUUCAUUUGGCCAAUGAGUUGUUCCCUCUCCCUGGGCCUAAUUAACAAGAGAAUCUUUUUCCUUUCCCUUUCUGUUAGCAAGGCCUUGAACAAAUCUUCCACAUCAAUCCAUGAAGGAUUAUAAGUGCAAAAAAUGCCCUCACCUAUUUAUCACCACCACAGGCUCGGCUUCAUAGGAAGGUGUUUUUUUCUUUGAAUUUCUCAAUGUCUUGUGGAGAGAAAGAUGUAUGAUAUUUAAUGUUUACUAAAUCUUCAAGUCUGUUAUUAUAAGUUGGAACAUCCCUUAGAGGGAAAAGACCUUUAUUUGAGUCAUCUGUGGUAACUCCUGCUUGGCCUGUGUUCUGGAGUUCAGUGGAGUUGGAUGUAGUGAGGGUAGUAGGGGAUGGGGGAAGUGGGUGAAUGGAGAAGGAGGGGGUGUUUAGUGGGUGGAGAGGCAGGGUAGAAAAGAUUGGGGGUGGAGCUGAGGGUGUGGCAGAGGAAUGGAGAGGGGCUGGUGGUAGAGUGGACAGGAGGGGAGGUGGGGCUGGGGAGAAGAGGAGUAGGAUGGGUGAGGUCCAGAGGAGUCAUAGUACUGUGGGUGGGAUCGGUCAAGAGGAUGGUAGGGAAAAGGAAUGCCAAGAGAAUAAGGGAAGUAGGUUUGGUACAGGUGGGGAUAGGUGAGAUUGUCGGGCACUGGGUAGUUAGAAGGAGAGUAUGAGUAGUGGGAUGGUAAGGGUAAGAGUUAAAUCCCUUCCCCUCCACCAGAGGUAAAAGCCAUAUGUUUCUUUUAAAAGUUGGGAGGUACUGGUAACUGCCAGAGAACCACUUAAUCAGUGCCAGUUUUUUAACCCAGGAACUCCUCUCUCUAGGUCUGACUCUCAAACUACUGAGCACACGAGUUCCUAACACCACAGGUACUCUGCUCCAAUCCCUUACAGGGAAGGGGGCAGAUGGUCUGAGUCUUAGGGCCCCCCCUACUCUAAUCCACUUUCUAAACUGCGUGGGCUGUGCCCACAGCCCCCAGGGCACUGGACUGCACUGUGCUGAGCUCAGCAGGAGCAGGUAGGGCUUUGUGUCAGAGUCACAGCAGCUGGGUGGUCUGGCAGCUAAAAGCCUGCUAAGUGGUUCACUGUCGUUGAUCUGUGCAUUGCUUAUUUUACUAUUCCAGUGGAUAAGGAGAGCCAGAAGAUUUUUCCUUUCACCUGGCAAGGAGCUCAAAUCACAUGGGAGCAUUUGCCCCAGGGAUUUUCUGAGUCCGAAAGUCUCUUCUGCCAAAUGCUAAAAAGUGACCUAGAAACCAUAAAAUUCAAGUGAAGUAAACUGGUUCACUACAUGGAUGACAUACUUUUUGCUUCCCCUUCAUCAAAAGUUUGUUUGUAAGAUUCUAAGAUUCUCCUCCAAGAACUAUACAAGAUAGGGCACAAGGUAUCUAAGUCUAAACUAUAAUGGGUAAUGCCAAGGAUGAAAUACCUAGGGUUCAUCUUGAGAAAUGGCACAAGAAAAAUUUCCAAGAAAAGAAUAGCUGAUAUACAGAACUUGAGUGUGCCAAAAUCAAAGAAAUAGAUAAGAGCAUUCCUGGGAGUGACAGGGUUCUGUAGACAGUGGAUCCAUGGUUAUAGUCGAAUUUCAAAAUGUCUGACUGACAACUAAAAAUGCAGUCUCUGAACCCUUGAAACUCACUAAAGAACAUCUAAGUGCAUUGAUACAGCUGUUUCCAAUUUUCUUGUUUCUCUAACAAAAUUUCUAACUUAUCCAUAGCAAAAAUGAUAUUUAGGCCCAAAUUUUGGCCAGAAGUUCUUAAGGGUUUUAGAUCAAAGAAAUCAAUACUUGAUAGAUUUGUCACUAUCUUUCUUUGUUCAAUAGGCAGUUCUCCAUUAUCCCAAACUUUAAAAAAUCUGUCUAGAGUGGGAGCCUUCUAGAAUGGGUCUCCUCAAAAGUCUAGAGUCCGUCCCACCCGUCAGGGGUCACAAAGCUUGUCAAGAAGAAAUGUUAACACUUUGUGUGCCCUUGACCCUAUGUGCCACACAGAUCACCAUGUUUGCUGGGGUGGUCAUACAGUCCACAAGCCAAUCUUGGCAAAAGCCUCUCAGGAACACCCUAAUCAAGGAGUUAAAGCUGAGAAACCCUUGCAAAGUUUCUUUGGCCAUGUGAUCAGCACUUUGGUCUCCUUGGGAGUUCCAGUUUUUCUGCAUUGCACCUCAACACACACAAAAAAACUACAUUAAACUAAAUAUGUGAGUGGGAACAAUUUCAACACAAUGUGAAUGUCCCCCAGGCAUAGACCUAGCCAGGGACCCUCUGGCCGCUGAAUCUAGCUCUCUGACUCUUCUUGCCCAAGCAUAGGUCCACACACAAAAUUUACAUAUUACUUAGCCUAGGACAUACAGAAAAAACUGCCUUAUUAAUUUUAAUUCAUUAAAAAACAACAUUUUUUUCUCAUUUCCACAAACUAUAAGAAGAAAGGUUUUAGUUCCUCUUUUUCACAAACUUCUAGCUUAAACGAAAUUUAAAAGAAAAUUGAAGAAAAAUAAGAGGUCUGGAAAUAUCUCCAAGUCUGCAGCCUUGAAGAAUUCCAAAUCCUCUUACCUUACUUGGAUGACAGGAUUCUUGAACUAGAGGAGCCAUUGUCUGCCCACUGAAACUCAGCCUCUCUCUCAUUCAGAAAAAGAAACAGGAAGAAUAAAUCCUGUGGGUACUGUUAUCAUGGGAUUUUGGGUGAGGAAAGAACAAGAGGGAACAUAUAAAUAAAUUCAGAUUUAUUGGUUGGGAAGGGUAGGAAGGAACGGAUUUAGGAGUAAACUAUACUUUUACUUAUUUUGAAGCCUAAUAUCUAUAAACUAUCUUAUUAAGCUAAGUAUUAACUUUCCAGUAUCCAAGUCUCAUACCAGGAGUCCAAUCAAAUGGGCCAGGAUCUUCAGUUAGUUGAUAUCUAAGCAGGUCUAGAGAUCUUCCUGAUGCUGCCAGCAGCCAGAUUAAAAAAAAAAAAAACAAAAAACCUCUUUCCUCUGUUAGUCUCAGAAGAAAAUCCUUUCUAAGCCUUAAACUCAGAUCCUUCCAGGAGAGAAGUCAGUUGGGCAUAGAAUCUUUCUUCAGAUCUCUAGCUUCAGGCUCCCGUGUGACCCUUAGUCACAUGCUCCUGUCAAUUACUCUGAGGUUUGCACCUCUCAGUUUUUGCAGACCUUUCAUUCUUUACCACAGUACCCUUUUGCGAUCAAUAUUUUUCUGUAUGAAAGAGAGACACCUCAGAGGUGACAAGGCUGUGUGGAGAUUGGAUUUGUCUCUCUCCUGAUUGUAACAAUGAAGGUACUUAGCUCUUCCUUGAUUGUGAAGAUUAAAUUGUAAUCCCCUGUCUAUUUUUAGAUUUUAAUCCCAAAGUGUAAAAGUACAGUACUUAAAGUUGAGUAGGGAGAUCUACCCAUUUUGGAUUUGAACCACAAAAAGGUGUGAACACCUAUUUCAUACUUUGAGUGGGAGAUCUGUGACCCACGUGUGAAAGAGUGGGUAGUCCUGGAAUGGAUCGUCGGCUGUGAUUGGUAGAUGUUAAAAUUUAGGGGAAGUGACACGAGAAAAAGUUCUUUAAAAGUGGAAACAGAGACACAUGUAGAAGACAGACACUCGGGCUUGGAGUGAAGAGACACACUUGGAGUUUGAAAAAGACAUAGUUGGAGUGGAGCCUCCUGAAGUUGAGGUUGAUAAAAGAAUCUUCUGACUGAACUGACAACGUGGUGAGUAUAAAGGCUGACUUCCUUGCCGUUUCUGGAGGUGUGAGCCUCUGGGAAAGGCCUAUCAUCUUGAAACUCCUUUCCCCUGGCUGGGGCCUUAGAAUUUCUACAUGACACUCUCACUCUCACACUCUCUCUCUCUCUCUCCCUCCCCCUCCCCCUCCUCCUCUCCCUCUCUCCAUAUACACAAUUUAGUUAAACUCAAAAAGCCAAACAUCUCCAAGUCAAGGUAGAAAGUUUAUAUAACAAAAUGAAUAUUUCCGUACGGGGUUGAUGACAUAUCAUAAGAAAUAACAUCAUAUAGACCUUAUUUAAAAACAGUUACCCAAUUAGAAAACUGGUUAGUUCAUUUCAGAAAGCCCAUAUUAGUCUAAAGGUCAAGUCAAAUGACUUGACCUCUCAUCAGAUCUCAUUUUCAAACAGAGAAGGGUGCAUAAUGUUUGUGCCAUAUUAGGACAUGAGAUUCAGAUAGUCGGCAUCUUUUGAUCAAGGGAAGUACAAAAUUAGGCGUUAGACAUCUGUUUAGAAGCAGUUUUUAUGCUUUAGUUAGAAAUCCUUGUAAAAAUCAUGAAUUCUACUGAUUGUAUUAAGAUUAUAAUGGAAUUUAUACUAAUCACUUUAGAAUCACAAUACUGAUUAUCUUACCUAUCACUAUCACUAAAAUCCAGUCAAGUAUAAGAGGGUAGGGGUCUAUUUUUCCCCACAGAAUCAUUAUUCACAUAAAAUUAGCACAUGGUAUUAAUAAUGAAAAUGUACAAAUCAUUGAAGAAGAAUAAAUUGUGGAAGAUGAGAAUUGUGACAAGGAAAUCACUUUAAAAGACUGAUAUAUAUUAAUUUAAGGUCGCCAAGGAAUUCAGCUAUGUAAUUCCUAAAUGAAAACUCAAGUCAGCCGUCAGCCUUUUAUAGAGUUUAAUUACAAACAGGAGGAAGAAAGGAAUUAAAGAGAGAGAGAGAGAGAAAGGGGAGAGAAGGGAAUAGGGCUUAAAUACCCCUUCUGUUUAGGCUGGGCCAAAAGGCCCAAGCCCUUAGAUAGCUGGGGCAAAGAAAGGAGAUCAGUCCCUAUUACUCACAUGACCAAAAUGGAGAAACAGUCUCCAGGGCACCCACCUUCAGCUUCCUUCAGGGCAAGCUUCUCAGAGCACACUCCAACCACUCAGACAAACUCCUCAACCACCACCCUGAGUCUUCAGACCCCUCUAUCUUUAAGGAAACCAUCCAAGUUCCCUCCCCUCAGUUCUCACAUCUACUAAUCACUGUCCAUCAUUUUCCCUGUGCCAAUGGUGGCUCUAGCUUAACCCAGGACCGCCCAGAGGUCUGUGGCAUUGCACAUGUCUGUUGAAGGUCAUAUUCUCAAAUAAUUAAAUCUUUGAUCCUUUGCUACAGCCCUUCCUAAAUCCUGUUACCCUGAGUAGGGUAGAGAUUGGAAUAAUUAAAUUUUGAUCUAUGCUGCAGCCCUUCCUAAAUCCUGUUAGGACUGAGUGGGGUGGAAAUUGUAUUUUCCAAGACCUGAUUCUGUCAUUCCAAGUAUCUCUAUUGUAUCAAUUCUAAAAUCAAUCAUGACUCAAAGAAAUUCCUGUUCUGUGCUUAAGCAUAGGUCAAAGCCCUUUCCAUUGUUCAGCAAAAGGUUUCUGUCCUAAAGUAAUCUUAAGAAGGGAGGAGGAACCUCCCAUGCCAAUGGGGUUCACAUUCCAAUAGCCAAGACCCACUAUCAAUAGGAAAUUUUUCAAGUAUGAAAUUUCCCAAUGGUGAAAUUUCCAACAUUUAUAAGUCUAAGAAAUUUUAAGGUUUACAGAAUCAUCAGGCAAAUUGAGUCUGCAGUCAGAAAUCAGUAAGGAGAGGACCAUUCCAUCGGAAGAGGAUAUCUGGAUGGAAGAAGACAAUGCAGACAAAAAGAAGAAUUCAGGAAAUUAAUGGACAUUGUUAAAAGACUGGAAGGGUCCUAGGUUCAAAUCUGGCCUUAGACACUUCCCAGCUAUGCGACCCUGGGCAAGUCACAUACCCCCAUUGCCUAGUCCUUACCACUCUUCUGUUGGAACCAAUACACAGUAUUGAUUCCAAGAUGGAAGCUAAGGGUUUAAAAGGGAAAAAAAAAGACUGGAAGGACUUUUAAAUAUUGAGAUAAUGACUGAAAGGAAUUUACAAUGAAGAGGAUCACAGGAUUAAUGGACUAAUAAUGAAUUAAAAUUUGGGCAAUAUAACACAAAACAAUAUAACAUAUUCACACAAACAUUCAUAAAUAUAUUUACUACCAUGGAGUUGGAGAAGAAUAAUUCAAGCAAGAUGAGAUGAAAAGAGAAGGAAAGAUCUGAAGUAGUGGUAAGUAUAUUACAUGCAACAGUAACAAAACACUAACAACAGUAACACUGACAAAACAACAACAUAGCAAAACAAAUAUAUAAACAUGGUUAGGUUACAUUGAUUCACUAGUUGAAUGAGUGAAACAAUUAGUAUAGCUAGGGUACUAACAAUGUUAUAAUUAGCUAUAAAUUAGUUACUAACAAAAAUUAGAAAUUUAAUUUAGUAUAGGAAUAUAGAUAGGAGAAUUUUGAAGAUAGGGAUUUAGUUAGAUACGGUUAUAUUUUAAGAUAGAUAAAAUAAUGUAAGAUACUGACUUACACUACAAAAUGCAUUACAACAUAUAUUACAUAAUAUAAAUAACAUCACAUCACUCAAUUGUAAAUAUAUGUAAAUAGUUUAUAUAAUAGGAUUGUAAAAUUAAUUGUAUUAUAAUAUGUGUAUGCAUAUAUGCAACAUACGUAUCAUACGUAAAUAUGAGGUGUAUGUAUAUGUGUUGUAUACAUGUAUAGUACGUAGAUUGUGUGUAUAUGUGUGUAAAAUUUACGUAAAUAGAUCACUUAUGUUUAAUUUUCUCUAUUACAUGUGAUUUGCAUAAGUGAAUGUAAUCAUUUGGUUUAAUUUCUUUGUAAAACUUAUACAAAGUUGUGUUGUAAUUUUCAAAAUUUUUUCUCUAACUUUGAUGUUAAUGCAUUACAGUAGUAGAAUGUUCUGUAUUAGUUGAUAAGAGUAGUAUUUAUGAGUUUAAUGUUUUGCAUGACUGUUGAGUUUAUCUUUUGCUUUUGAUGUCAUUUGCUUGUGCUUUUGCAUAUGUUUGAUCUGUGUUUGAAAUUUGUAUUUGUUCAUUAUUCACUUCCCCUUUUUCCUUUCCUGGAUUAAAUCCCUAGAAUAGGAUAGUAUUAGAUAGUUUAAGAUAGUUGAGUGUAGGUUCUUUGUUAUUUUGGUUAGAUAUUUUAGUUUAAGUAAUGUGUAAAUUAGUUAGUGUACAAAUGCCAGAAGAGUUUUUUCAACAUGAUUUAGGCUUUGUGCAAAGGGAGAACUGUAGAGAGGAAAGUUACAUCUUUGCUUGACAGCCCUCAAGACUCAGAAUUUUCCAUGAGCCGUGUGGGUCAGAAUUCCAAACUGUUGAAGGGAAACUGGGAGUCUGGAACUGGCAUUGAAACCUGAAGGGUGUAGAUCUGAUCUCUCCUGGACUCUCCUGAACAUCUAUCAAGCAACUGGCUUUGAGGAUCAACUGACUGAGGGUGAGAGGAAAAUCUCUAGUCUUCCUGGUGGACAGAUUGACUGGGAAGAAGACCUCUACCUUGCUGAGAUCAUCUGAGGACACCACAACUUGGUUGACUGUGUGUAUGAGAUUCUGGGUUUACUGUGGGAUUUAUUCUUAAUAGUCUUUAGUUAAGAUAGUUAGACUGUAAGCUUAGAUAAUUAAAUAAAGUGGGUAAAAAGUCAGAUGCUAACCCUUUCCCUUAUUCCUUUCCCAACAUCUUCUCCUUCUCUUUUAAUAAACUCAUGUUAUGUAAA